AUAAAUUCAAAUUUUACCACAAAGACUUGACGUAUUUACACUGAAUAGAAAUAAUAAAUUGUGAUAAUUAGAAAAUAUAUAUUAUAUUGUAAAUAAAGAAUCAUUUUUAAGAGAUUUUUUUCGUAGUGAAUAAUUUCGAUAUUUUCAGUCAAAUAUAUUUUGCUUUGUAACGUCCAUAUAACCGGAUCCAUUUGUGUGAGAGCUGUCAACAAGAACGAGAUACUUUUGUCCUUGCAUUUAUUUCUUUAUAACUUCAAAUAAUUCUUUAAUAAAUAUGCCACGUACUAAGAAGAAAGAAAAACAAGUAGCUAAACAGGAAAGCAAACAAAUAUCUAUAGCUAUUCAGACUGAUGAUACUGACAAUCUUGAGAUAAUUCGUUUGCAAGAACAAUUAAAAAUGUUACAAUUAGAAAAUGAUACUCUGAAAAAACAUGCUGAUAGUAAUUUUCUUUCUUCAAGAAACUUUUCUGUAAAAACUAAUUUGGAUGUUGUUCAAAGUCCAAAAAAAAUUAAUGAAACACUAAAAGGAGAUCCUCAAGUUUUAAAAAGUGCUACCAAACAAAAAACAUGUACGUGCAAAGGUAAUUGUUCUACCAAAAUAUGUGGUUGUGUUAAGCACCAACGUAAAUGUGGUCCAACUUGUAAAUGUAAUGAUCAAGCUUGUCAAAACCAGAAAUUAGAAAAUAAAGAAAAUAUAGAAAGUACGGAAAAUAAAAUGUUAAAUCAAACACAAAAGUUAGAAGAUAUGUCUGUGAAAAGUGAAAAUACACAUCAGGGUUUAUUCAGUCCUACGCAAACGGAUAAUGAAGUUAAGCUUGAUAAUCUUCAGUUUGAGGAAAUAUCUUUUGAUAAAAAAAAAAAAUUAACUUAUGAAGAUGAAGAUUUUCAAGAAGAGGAAACAGUCGUGAAGAAGGAUUUAAAUCAAAGAAAAAAGAAAAAUAAACAGCAACAUGAAGACACAUACGAUAUAUCUGAAGUGAAUACAAGCUUUGAUCCUAUGAAACCAAAACGUCAAUUACCAAGAACUCCGCCACAUGCCAAUGUUGAUUCUGAAUCUGAUAAUGUUGUAACUAAUGUUGAAACGCCUACAGAAAAAAUUGAACAAAAAGAUGAUACCAUUCCAGAAGUAUUGAAUCAAGAGAAUGUAGAUUUGGAUAAACUCAGUAUAGAACUCGUUAAAUGUAAUAAAUGUAAAAGAAAAUUUUAUCCAUGGAGAGUAGAAGUACACGAAAGUGCUUGUCAUAGAUUGUAAUCAACUAUUUACACAAACAUGUCUGACUAUAACAAAUGAAAUGUCUAUUUUAUAUAUUUGACAUGAUAAUUAUUAUAAUAACUAUAUAUUAAUAAUGAUAAACAAUAUACGAGAAAUUAAAAUUUUUAACAGAAAGAUCAUAGAAUAAUUAUCAGAAUCCUAUCUUAAGCUAAUAAGGGAAAAUAAUACACUAAAUCUUUGGCCCAUUCAAUAUAAUUAUACCGAACAAGUUCUACUAUACAAUAUUAUUUCAAUGCCAUCUAACAAUAUAAUAGAGCUAAAUAUAAAUAUAUCUAUAUAUAAAAAUAUAUAUUUAUAUAUAUUUUAUAUAUAUAUAUAUAUUUAUAUAGGUAUGUAUAUGUAAUGUUUAUUAUGUAACAUAUUUAUGGUUUCUACGCGCAGUUGAGAAGUAUAUACUCAUUUACGCACAUAAUACACUUUUAAAAGCUCGUAUAUCGCAAUAUUAGAUAUUACAAUAUUAUCUAGGCUACUCUUUAAAUUUCAUUCAUUAUACUUACAUCUGAAACUAAUGAACGUUCUUUACUAUCUCAUUUAUAUACAUUUUCGAAUUUGACCAUUCAAUAUCAUAAUUUCUUACCAAUUAGUCAAAUACAGUAGAACAGACACUGAUCGUACUACUAAACUUGUGUAACUGAUAUAGUUAUUCUUCAUUUCGCUACAUACGAAAAUAUUAAAAAAAUACAAUUUGCUAAUACAGUGUUCUAAUGAAAUGAUCUGUCAAUGCAGUCACUGUUCUCUCACAAAAUUGUACUGUUAUUAUAGUUACAUAUUCUGAUGUUAAUAACUACAAUGUGGACAUAUGAAGAAAAAAAAAAACUGAAAUGAAAUAAUUUAUUAGAAAUAUAAUAUAUAUAUAUAUAUAUAAUUUUUUUUUAAAUUCUUGUAAAUUGAGAAAAAUCAUUAAAAUCCAUGUUGACGCUAAAUUACAAAGUAUGCUCUUAUAAACUAACACAAACUUAAUCCAAUACAAUUCAUGUAUAUGAGAUAAAUAUGUUUUUUAUAUAUUUGUUUUCAUCUAAUUAUUAUAGUUUAACAACAGCACAGCACAGAAUGAUUACUAAUUAGAAGAAUAGAAUGGUUUAAAAUUUAUAUAGUAAAAUGCAUAUAAUAAAUUACAUUGAAUAUUUUCUUAUUAAUAAAUGUGAUAAAUAUAUGUUAAAGAAUAUAUGUUAAUGUAAAUAUAAAUAAUACUGUUGGAAACUGUAAAGAAAAAAAAUCUGUUGAAUUAUAAUAAUAAACUGAAAAGGCACUCAGAAUGCCUAGGACUAGAAAUUGCACCCCUAUAUGUACAUUACAUUGCAAAUAAAUAAUAAUAAAUGAA